UUCACGAAUGUCACGAUUAUAUCAAAGCCACCUUUAUCUAUGACCAAAAAAACCAAAGCCUUUUCGUUUUCUAUGGCCUUCUAGUAGUGAUGAGCUUGUGUACUGUAUCGAUUUUUUUGAAUCCGUUGUCUAGGCAACGGCGAUAUAAACAAAUGAAAAUAAUUUUAAAGCCUGCAAAAUGCAAAGAUCUUUUUCAAUUGUUGAUGACGAAGAUUUAGAAGGAGAUAAUGAAAAUAUAAAUGAAAUUCAAAAAUUUUCAGAUUUGGCAGGGUCAGAUUCAGAAGAAUCUAAUAACAGUCCAAAGAAUAUUCCUCAGAAAAUGGUCAGAAAACCUGAGGCUUUAUCUCAAAAACCUGCUACACAUCAAUCAAAGAAUUUUAACAGUAGCGAAAGUGACGAGAGUGAAAAUGAGACUAAACAAACAAAAAUAUCAGGAGAAUAUGACCCUCAACAGUUUGAAAAUCUAGAAGUUGAUCCAGAAAUUAACGAGUUAUUUCAAUACAUCUCCAAGUAUACUCCACAGCAUAUGACGACCGAAUAUAAAUUCAAACCUUUUAUACCAGAAUUUUUACCGGCAGUGGGUGAUAUAGAUGCUUUUCUAAAGGUCGUACCCCCAGAGAAAACAAUUUCUGGGGAUAUUUUCAAUGAAAAUAUUUUGCAAUUGGGUUUGCUGGUGCUUGAUGAACCUGCAGCUAAUCAAAGUGACCCAGCAUUAUUGUUUUUACAACUAAGAGCUGCUACAGAUGGUGGUAUUACAGGAAAUGAGCAAAAAAAUAUUGUGGUCAAAAAAAUAGAUAAUAUUGAGAAGAACACAAAGGUAAUAGAUAAAUGGAUAAAAGAUAUUUCGCAUCUUCAUAAAAGUAAAUCAUCGCCUAUUGUUCACUAUUCACAGCCUAUGCCUGAUUUGGACACAUUAAUGGAGCAAUGGCCAGAGCAUAUGGAGCAAAAACUAAAAACUGACGGCUUUCCUAAACCGUCAGAAGACCAAUCCGUUUCAGAAUAUGCGGAUAUUGUUUGCUCGUAUUUUAAUAUUCCAAUUACAAAGAACAAAAUCCAGUCUUUACAUUUGUUAUUUUCUUUAUACACUGCUAUUAAACAGGCCAAAGUGCAUCAAGCUCAAGUCGAAACAGAAAAGGAAAGGAAAAAGCAAGAAAGUCAAGAGAAAAAUGAUACUGAUCAAUUAGUUUUAGAUUAAUUCUAUAUUAAGGAUAUUCGUAAAAUAAGAAGUAUAAUUUUUUAAUUAUUUAUGUACAAUUUUAAUUCUGCAUAUUUAGUUGCAUAACCAAGAAUUAUGUUAAGAUGGGUAUUCGCCAUGUACAGUAGGCUUGGUGCAUUUCAGUACAUUUUAAAAAUUCCAACCGCAGCGCUCCAACGGCAGAAAUUUGAUGUGCCGGGUAGAAAGUAUUUCACGCAGUCCUGUUAUCGUUUAUGUCGGUCCAUUAGAUUGGAAAGCCCGUAAAAAUUUUGGGUCGCGACCGUUAUACGCGAUCUGGCGCUGCUAUAGCGGUCGCUAGGAACAACGGCAAACAAAAAC